CCACGCGAGAGUCACGCCCGGGACGCGCCGAGGUGAGACGGGAAGAGGCGCGGAACUCCCGGCCUGGAUGUUACAGGGUGAUGGGUGACGAUAGCUCUAUCGAUUACAGUGUUCAUGAGGCCUGGAACGAAGCCACCAAUGUUUACUUGGUAGUGAUCCUUGUUAGCUUUGGUCUCUUCAUGUAUGCCAAAAGGAAUAAGCGGAAAAUUAUGAGGAUAUUCAGUGUGCCACCUACAGCAGAAACUUUGUCAGAGGCUAACUUUUAUGACACAGUAAGCAAAAUUCGUUUAAGACAGCAACUGGAAAUGUAUUCCAUUUCACGGAAACAUGACUAUCAGCAGCAACAAAACCAAGUUGACAGUGUGCAACUUCCAUUGGAAUGAAAUCUCAGAAAAUAAGCAACUUAAGUAAUUAUUCUGAAACAGCUUGCUCUACAGCAAGCUUCCAAGUUUGUGUAUUGAAUCAUGCACUACGUUUAUAAAAAGUCCUAAACACAAAAAGCCUGCACUUAUGUUGAAUGAUACAGUAUAACCAGGAGAUUGUGAUUUGUACCUUUUGAAGAUCUUUUAAUUUCUUCAGAAUAUAGUCAAUCAUGAAUAAAGCACAGAUUUGGAAGCAAGAA